AUGGAUCAAUUAAAGCUUUUGAAGGCAGCAAGAAGCCGUGCGAAGGCAAGUAUUACGCGCUUGCUAACGGCGUCACAAGAUCCACGUGCGGGAUCAAACUGGGAAAUUGAUGAAAUCACAGUCUCAUUGGAAAGGCUCAACAACGUUUGGAAGGAGUUUGAGACCAUUAGCGAUCAAAUGGCCCUUUAUGAAGAAAAUGAGGGGUAUGUCGAUCCAGCCAUCGACAACGAGAGAUACGAGGAUAAGUACUUGCAAGCAAACACAUUGUUUCACACCAUCAAACGGCGCUGUCAAUCAUCUAAUGAGAGCGACAGAGAAGGCAGCGGCGGUAGGCAAUCUGGCAACCUUGGCGAUGCCGCAUCAAGUUCAUCUGGAUGGGGAAACGAAAGCCUGGCUCGUUUUCUACAACAACAACAGGAACUGAAUGAGCGUUUAGCUGAGCAACAAUCAACGUUUUUGAGGGCAAACUCGGCAGCAAAUGUAAUGCACAACGAACUGCCAAAAAUUCACAUCAAAGUGUUCACUGGUGACUACAAGGAGUGGCCAGCCUUUAAAAACAUCUUCGAGAGUACGAUCCAUAGCAAGCAGCAUUUGACAGCAAUUCAAAAGUUCCACUACUUAAAAACGUAUAUUACGGGAGAAGCAUCUGAUUUGAUUCGUCAUAUGCCAAUAACGGAUGCUGCGUACGAGGCUGCUUGGAGUUGCCUAAUUGAUCGAUACAACAGACCACGUCACAUUGUCAACACUCUGCUGGAAACGUUUGUGAAUCUCCCUUCGACAUCCAAGGCAGACGUUACAGUUCUGCGCAAGGUGACCGACGGAGCCACGGAGAUUGUACGAGGAUUGGAUGCAGCAGGGCAAACUAACAGGGACUGCUGGAUCAUACACUUCAUUCUGGCCAAGAUCGACGCUGAAACUCGACGCAAAUGGAUUGAGGGAAGCCGGGAACUUGAAUCUCCGUCUGUGAAUGAUUUACUCAAGUUUUUAGACCGACGCUGCGAGGAAUUCGAGCUCAGCAAAAGUGACUCGGACAUCGACUUCAAGGGUGGCCCACAACCAAGCAAAGCAAAGCGUUCGUCACACGCUUUAGUAUCGAUGGAAGAAAAUGCUUGUGCGAAAUGUAACUCCAAGGAGCACAAAAUCUACGGUUGCCCAAAGUUUGCUGAAGCAUCCAUCGAGCAGAGACGCACAUUUGUUAAGGCAAAAUCAUUGUGUUUCAACUGCCUUAAGCAUGGGCAUGUAUCACGCAAGUGUGAAUCCAAAUUUACAUGCAGGUUUUGCCAUAAUCGCCACCACUCUCUCCUACAUGUAGAUAUUUCUGGAUCGCAAGCCGCUGUGACCACGACACAGCCACACACUGAUGAAAAGCACAUCUCAAGCGCUCCCGAAGAGGCUGCGGGGACCAUCAGCCAUAUUGCUCGUGCGCAAGUGGCUCCCACAGUUGAGUCCUUGUGCAACGGAUCAACAACGGCUACACGGCCCCAAGGGCUAAGGAAAAGUGCAUUGCCAACAGCUCUGGUGUUUGUUAAAAACGCACAAGGAUCGCACACUACAUGUCGGGUACUUUUGGACAGUGGUUCGGAACUGUCGUACAUCUCAGAGAGGUGCGUACAGGCACUUGGUCUGUCACGCUCGCCCUCACGCAUUUUGGUGUCUGGAAUUUCAUCGAUCAAGGCAGAGACAACUAGAGGCUGCAGCACACUGGACAUGCAGUCAAGGAUCUCCGAUCAUACAAUGAAGGUACGUGCACACGUACUCAGCAAAAUUACCUCCACGUUAGCAAGACACGAUAUCGACGCCUCAGCACUCAAGGUAUUCGCUGGCUUUGAGCUUGCGGAUUCUAACUAUCAAUCGUUGGCGCCAGUCGAUAUUCUCUUGGGCAGUGAUUACGUUUGGACCGUGUUCACCGGUCAAAAGAUGUUCGACGUUCAGGGCAACAUCAUCGCCAUUUCGACCAUUUUUGGAUGGGUCAUAACAUCUAUCAUCACUACCGGCUAUUCAUCCACAACAACAAUGCACACGGCUAUUGACAUUGACUCAACUCUUCGGCGCUUUUGGGAGCUGGAGGAUGUCAACCAGGAAUUCCAUGGAAAACCAGAGGACGACGAAGUUGAACAGCACUUUGUGAAAACACAUUCUCGGGACUCAAAGGGGCGUUACAUCGUCGAACUUCCUUUCAAAAACUCCAACGAACAGUUUUCGGAUACAUUACAAGGAGCACUUGCAAGAUUCAGGGGUGUAGAACGCCGCCUAAAGAAGGACCCCGAUCUGCACUCACAGUACGUACAAUUUAUGCGUGAGUACCUACAGUUAGGUCACAUGCGGGAAUUAUCACCAGGAGACAUUGACAAAGGGCCAAAUUUUUACUUGCCUCAUCAUCCGGUAAUUACCCAAAAGCUAAGGGUAGUAUUUGACGGCUCAUUCAAGGAUACGUAUGGAAAAUCCUUAAACGAUGCUCUACACAUUGGACCCAGCAUUCUUCGAAACCUCUUCUUGAUUUGUAUGCGUUUCAGAAUGUACAAGUUCGUCUUUUCAGCAGAUAUUGUCAAAAUGUAUCGACAAAUCUUUGUGGCUGCCAACCAUUGUUGCUAUCAGCGUAUUGUUUGGAGAGAAGACGAAAGCACACCUAUCAAGCACUAUGAGCUUUCCACGGUAACAUACGGCACGUCUAGUGCACCAUUCUUGGCAGUGAGAGUCCUGGAUCAGUUAGCUCACGACCACCAACACGAGUUUCCCACAGCUGCAAGGAUCUUGAAGGAGCAAUUUUAUGUGGACGACGUACUGACAGGAGCACACACAGAAGAAGAGCUAAUUCGCAAUCAAAAAGAGCUGAUCCAAUUAAUGAAAUGUGCAGGCAUGGAACUUGGCAAAUGGGUUUCCAAUUCAUCACGUAUCACUGACCGAGCUACUUCUACAACCGAGGUACAAGACAAAGGAUCCAAUCCUACAGCAAAGGUUCUUGGCAUUCAUUGGAAUCCAGAAGAGGAUACGUUAUCCUACAAAGUUUGCCUUACACCAAACCCGGACAACACCAAACGCCAAGUGCUUUCUGACGUGGCACGCAUCUUUGACCCGCUGGGUAUUCUGUCGCCAGUGGUGGUGCAGCUUAAAAUUUUGUUUCAAGAAUUGUGGUUACUGGAUCUCGGCUGGGACACGGAGCUUCCUCCAAAAAUUACUGACUGGUGGAACAAAUGCCGUAACGACUUAUACAUACUUCAAGAACUACGCCUGCCACGAUUUGUAGAAAACAAUGGGGAUCACAUCGAACUGCAUGGAUUCUCAGAUGCCUCCAUUAAGGCAUAUUCCGCAGUCAUCUACAGCAGAGUGGUACGAGCAGAUGGCACCGUAUCUGUUUCACUCAUAGCGGGAAAAACCAGAGUAGCUCCGCUGAAGCAGCAAUCCUUACCGCGUCUCGAGCUCUGUGGCGCUUUGCUACUCAGCAGACUAAUAUUAUCAGUCAAGGAUUCUCUGCAACACAAGAACAUCAAAAUACACGCAUGGUGUGAUUCAACCAUAGUUUUGGCUUGGCUUUCACAUCCACCAUCGAAGCUCAAAACAUUUGUAGCAAACAGGUCUUCAGAAAUACUCGACGCGUUGCCGCGCAGUUCAUGGCAUCAUGUAAACACAAAGGAGAAUCCGGCGGACUGCGCCACACGAGGAAUGCUUGCUGCAGACCUUCUCCAUUUCGACUUAUGGUGGAUGGGACCUUCAUGGCUGCAAGAUCCAGAAAAGCUUUCGGUAAAGUUGAGCUGUACAAAGUUCCGUUCUUCCCUUUCAGAUAAUCCUGGCAAGGAAGAAGUCAAGUCCACCGCAUUAACCACUCAGCAAGGCGGCUCAUUUUCACCAAUCGAAGCGUUGACUCAGCGGGUCUCGUCCUGGACAAAACUGGUUCACGUUGUAGCUUACGCAUUACGCUUCAUCCAAAGGACCAGGGCCAUUAAAACUGUAGCGCUGACAAAUGGGGCAAGACUCACCUAUGAAGAGAUUCAGGCUGCUCGCAUUCUUUGCCUGCAAGAGGCUCAGAAAUGCUUCAUGGAGGAUCGUAAUCUUCUGGCGGAAAAUAAACAACUUCGCAGCCGCUCCCAGUUGAUCAAGCUCUCACCGUUUGCCGGCAAGGAUGGCCUCCUUCGAGUUGGUGGACGCUUGGGCAACUCACAAUUACCAGCUGACGUCAAACAUCCUAUAUUGCUUCCGAAAUCGCACCGCAUCACAAGGAUGAUUUUGGAACACGAACACAUUGCAAAUCUACAUCCAGGAGUGUCUGCUUUGUUUGUAAUUACGCGUCAAAAAUAUUGGAUUUUCGGCGCGCGUAACCUAAUAAGGAACCUGGUACACAACUGCAUAAAGUGCUUUCGCCAACGCAAUAUCACCGAGCACCAAUUCAUGGCCGAUCUACCAGGGAUUCGUAUAACGGAGGCUCUACCCUUCCAGCACUCAGGCUGCGAUUACGCUGGACCAUUCAUCCUCAAGGAAAGGAGAGGGCGCAAUCCCCGAAAAACUAAGGGCUACAUAUGUCUCUUCGUCUGCCUUGUAACAUCCGCCAUACAUUUGGAACUGGCCACCGAUCUUAGCACAGACACAUUCCUGGCAUGUCUUCGGCGUUUCAUGUCCCUUCGAGGAAAAUGUUCGCAAAUCUUCAGCGACAACGGCACGAAUUUUGUUGGUGCCAAACGGGCUCUAGAUGAGAUGCAGCAACACCUAUCUUCGCAGGAGCAUCAACACACCGUAACUCAAUCGUUGGCUAAUGAUGGAAUUAAGUGGAGUUUCAUACCUCCCCAUUCGCCACAUUGGGGAGGGAAGUGGGAGUCAUCAGUACGUUCAGUUAAAUUACAUCUGAGACGCGUUGUGGGAAAAGCCGUUCUAACCUUUGAACAGAUGCAAACUCUGAUUGUUCAGAUCAGUGCAGUGGUAAACUCAAGACCGUUAUGCUACACACCUGACACUGACCUCACCUACUUGUCUCCGGCCCACUUUUUAAUUGGCCGCCCAUUCACAACAGUUCCAGAGGGUGAUCUAACUCAUUUGCCGAUCAAUCGCUUAGACUACUGGCAGCAUUUACAAUCAAUGUACCAGGGCUUUUGGAAGCGCUGGCACCAGGAAUAUUUAACAUCGCUGCAGCAACGUCAAAAGUGGAACAACAAGGAACAUAACAUCGCAGUCGGCAAUGUAGUCCUGGUAAAGGACUCAAAUCUCCCACCCGCAGCUUGGAUUCUCGCCCGUGUAUUGGAGGCUCAUCAUGGACCAGAUGGACUUGAUCUCCAUGACUGCGGAGCCCCAUGUCAUGCCAUGUUUUUCCCGGAGAGAGAAAGGACGGUUCUCCGAUAUUGGGUUGGAUCCUGGGCAGCGGUCUGCGUUGCCAGCUGCUUGUUUACGGUGCUCACGUUCCUGAUUGACUCGUCGCGUUUUCGGUACCCAGAACGGGCCAUCGUCUUUCUGGCCGUCUGCUACCUGGUAGUUGGAUGUGCCUACGUGGCGGGAUUGGGGGCGGGUGACUCCGUCUCGUGCCGGGAACCAUUUCCGCCGCCCGUCAAGCUCGGGCGCUUGCAGAUGAUGUCCACCAUCACCCAGGGCCACCGCCAGACCACGUCCUGUACGGUUUUAUUCAUGGCACUCUACUUUUGCUGCAUGGCGGCCUUUGCGUGGUGGUCGUGCCUGGCAUUCGCCUGGUUUUUGGCCGCCGGCCUCAAAUGGGGCCACGAGGCGAUUGAGAACAAGUCGCACUUAUUCCACCUGGUUGCCUGGGCGGUUCCCGCCCUCCAGACCAUCUCCGUGCUGGCCCUGGCCAAAGUUGAAGGCGACAUUCUCUCUGGCGUUUGUUUCGUGGGCCAGCUAGACACACACUCCUUGGGGGCCUUUCUGAUCCUGCCCCUCUGCAUAUAUCUCUCGAUCGGAGCGCUGUUCCUGCUGGCCGGAUUCAUAUCACUCUUCCGCAUCCGGACCGUGAUGAAAACGGACGGGAAGAGGACGGACAAACUGGAGCGCCUGAUGCUGCGGAUCGGCUUCUUCUCCGGGCUGUUCAUCCUGCCCGCCGUGGGAUUACUGGGUUGCCUGUUCUACGAGUACUACAACUUCGACGAGUGGAUGAUCCAGUGGCACCGGGACAUCUGCAAGCCCUUCUCGAUUCCGUGUCCGUCGGCCAGGGCGCCGGGCUCGCCGGAGGCACGGCCCAUCUUCCAGAUCUUCAUGGUCAAGUACCUCUGCUCGAUGCUGGUGGGGGUCACGUCCAGCGUGUGGCUCUACUCCAGCAAGACGAUGGUCAGCUGGCGGAACUUUGUGGAGAGGCUGCAGGGCAAGGAGCCCAGGACGCGGGCGCAGGCGUACGUCUAGUAUGAGACGGGUCCGGCGGGCGGGGCCAAGUCCGCGCCCCUCACUCCCGAUCCGGAGGCGGCGAACGAGAGUUACUUAGAGUUUAGCACAUAGACACCCUCCCCAGAUACAACCAUAGGCCCAAAAGCAGUCGUAGUUCUUAGUGGCUUUGUAUAAAGUUCAUCACCUAUGUCCGGAAACACAAGAAAAAAGAAGAGAAAAUCAAAAGUUGACCCUAGGCUAUUGUUUGAAUUUGAAAUAUAUUAGUUGAUACGGAAGCAAGCUUGUUGAACCAAAACUACGCAUAUAAGUUGAGACUCUAGCUCUAAGUCGAGUUGUAUUCUGUACGAUUUCCUUGCUUUCGUGCUAUACGAACUUAAGCAUCUACGAUCUUUCAUUUUUGACGCAAGUUCUAAGUUAGGUUCUGAUUUUUUGAAAGCUUUAAAUGUACCCUACAAUUAAUGUACGUACAUAUAUAAAUAGUUAUAUGCGCAUAUAGAUAUUAUGAUUAUGAUAUGAAUGUUAGGCAUUAAAGGGAUGUGAGCACCGACUGCUCUACUGGGGGUUCUAGAAAACAAGGCUUCAAUUUAAAUUCAUUAGUCACAGAGCAAAAUAAUUUCCACCUACACACAGUAAUUAUGCCCAUAUAUAGUAUACCGUACAACCCAUACUUAAAACAACUGCAGUUCGAGGCUCACAUCUAUGCUUCAUCUAUGUAUAAACAAAAAGGAAACCAUAAACUAUAUAAAUGUAUUAUGUAGCAAUAAAUGUCCUCCAUGUGCUAAACUUAAUGCAAAUACGAUUAUUAUAAUUAUAGCUGUAACUCUAACUGUAACUGUAAUUCUAACUGUAAUUGUAUAUUUGUUGAACUAAUUAAUUCUAAACGCAUAAUGAAAUAAUUUUUAAUUCAAUUUUUAAAUGACGUUGUAGUCAUAGCACUUAAGUGAACAAACAAACAAAACACGCAAAAAUUUUGUUGCCACUUUAUGGAAAUUUUUCCCCUCACCCCCACUAAAUAAGAGUUGAAACUGCCAUUUAAAUAUUUGUAGACACAUGAAAAAUCACCGAAAGUAAGAGAACGGCACACUGCAAUGUUGGCGCGUUGUUGAGCAUUUGUUUUCAGCGCAUUUAACUGAGUCCUUAAAUUAAAUUGGCACUAGAAGUUCGUCAAAUGUAUGUCCAAGCCAGAUUUUUGUAGCAUUUAAGCUGAUGGAAAUGCAUAUUAAUUGUAGCAAUUAACGAUAGUCGGUGUAACAUAGCGAGUGCCCAGCGGCAACCGAACAAUUGUAAGUGUAUAAAACAAACAAAAACAUACGGAACACCAUGGAAGCAUCCAAUGGCAAACACAAACGGAAAAUGCAAAAAUAAAACCUUAUUUUAUUGUUAAAGACUGAAAA